AUGGCUAAGAAAGAAGUCCAAGUUAAUAAAAAGGAAAAGACUACUGAGAAAGCAGUCGAAGUUCCAGAGGCUGUUGAAGAAUCCAAGCCAGUGGUAUCGCAAAAGCCAAUUAACUCCUCUAUAAGUAAAGAUUUUUCGGAGGCAUGGGGUCUCUCAAUGAAAUCAUACUUCGAACAAGUUUCUGAAGACAAGAGAAUUAUGUUGAUUGAUAUAUUUUGUUUGUUUCUAGUUAUAUUUGCUGCAUUGCAAUGUGUUUUCAUGAUUUUGAUAAGGAGCACAUUCCCAUUCAAUGCAUUUCUGUCUAGUUUCAUUCUCUGCGUUGGUCAAUUUGUGUUAUUAAUAAGUUUAAGACUACAAUUGACGGAACCGUUCCCUCACAUCUCCAAGAGUCGUGCAUUCGGUGAAUUUAUAUUUGCCAGUUUAGUAUUACACUUCAUAUCAUUACAUUUCAUCAAUUAA